AUGGCGAACUCAUUGAUCCCCACUUUCAUCCUUGAUACAGACCACCCAUGGCUAUCUGAAAACCGUGGCUGGCUUGAGUCGUAUCCUGAUGUCGCCAGCGCACUAUGUGAUAAGUCUUCCCAGCUAUGGACUAGCCCAUCCCCUGGGCACGAGAUCCCAACCGAUCUCUUCAGCCGCAUCAACAUCGAUAAUAACAAGGUUGGUAUCAAGCGGCUGGGAUGGGAUAAUGCUGUUUCGCGUCUUAACGAAUUGCGCAAUUGCACCGCCGCUCUCGAGGACGUCAGAUACUUAGAUGUAUGCAUUUACGUACGUACCGGCCAAUUCUCUAACCCGCUCGUUGACUCAGAAAUGCCAUCCGAACUGCCGGGCUUGUUUGCGGAAGUUUUGGCAUCCAUGCCGCAUCUAGAGAGAUUAAAUUGGAGACUUAACGCAGAGCAUACGGUAGCUUUCAGAGACGAGUUUUCGCGACGGAAUUUGACGCUUCCCAGCGUUCGACACCUAGUUCCUGGCGCACAGAGCCAUUACCUUCUACCCAUGUGUCCCGGCCUAGAGACUCUAGAAGCCGGUAGUUUCUUCCAUCAUCCGAGCUGGAAUGAGGGGUAUCGCGAGGGCCGCGAUUCGAGGUUUGAUCUAGUGCGCGCCGCCUCUUCCGUGAAUAGUCUUAGAGAGUUCUUGAUGCUAGGUGGCUGGACACUUAAGAGACUUGAAGAAGUCUUGGAGGCUAUGCCUAACCUAGUAAAAUUGACGAUACAGGGCUCGUUGGAGUCUGAUAGACAUCGGCGCGAGGAUACAGGUUCCGAAGAAGAAACUAAAGAGGAAGGGAAACUUCUCAAGGCAAGUUUUAAAGUCCCGUUAUUAGUAGAAACGCACUAUAUUCUAACCAAGUCACAGGAAUACUUAUCCAUAAUCUCUAGAUUCCCCAAGCUCGAGCAGCUACAUCUACCGGACUCAUCGAAUUUAGAUCUAGGCUUUGACGGUGGGCAUUGGUGUGGCAACGCCUAUGACGGAGAAGGUGGAAGGCGUUACGGGCGCUCCGUGGUGAAGCGGCGCGUCGAUACCACUGAGCUGGCUGGUGACAUAGUCAUGAAAGCCGUCCCACACCUCAAGAUUUUAAGCAUUGGUGAAAACCAAGCGAACUUCACCAGAAAUGAGAACGGAGACUUGGAAAUAGUGUGGCCCUGGACUGGAAGAAAGGAAGAGUAUGCAUAUGAGAUCUUCCCCCAGUGA